CGUACUGAUCGAAAGUAUCUUAGUUUUUUUAAACGAAGAAGACACCAGUGCAUCGCGUUAUACAUAAAUGAUACAUAAACUCAAGACUUUUAAUUCCAUUCUAAAUUUCGAGUUGUACGUAGUGAAAGAAUAAGAAAAUAUCAGAAAAUCGUGAGAAGUUUUCUAAUUUAAAAAGAACUGCAAUAUGAUUAGUUGGGUUCGAGUCACAACAAUGUAUAUGAUAUAUCAAUUACUGAUUAUUUAUGCGACUUCUACGUAUGGAUUUUCUUUGCACAAUGUUUCAUUGUUGAUCGACUGUCUAUCAUCUUGCUCGAAUGAAACAUGCGUGGACGCUUGCAAUGAUUAUCCAAACGAAAUUGAUUUUUAUCCACAGGUUGACGACAAAUAUACCAAAGCGAACGUAACUCUUCAUUGCACCGGUGGGGACUUGAUGAUGAUCAAUUUCAAUCCUGGGUUUUACUUGAUUGAACAAAGUUUGUCCAAUUACACCCGGAAUCCCCCGAAAUUGGUGAAGGGAAAUAUGGCAACGUUUACAAAUUUGACAGUAAACGCCAAUUAUCAAUAUCGGUUGUACAAUUUAACGCACGAAGGACUCUGGCAACCGGAAGUUUCAGACUGGUUCUUUACUUAUCCGGCUGACUAUGAGCCAUUGCCCGUGAAAAAUUUAUCGUUGUUUAAAAUAGAACCUGACAAGAAGACACGCGGCCUACAUGCCGAAGUUGUUUUUGAACCGGCUUUAGAUCGAAGUUGCAGUUACUAUGUGGUAACUUGGGACGGAGGAAUACAUUUGGUGCAUUUUGAGAUCGAUAGGCCAACGAAUUUUCAAUUUAACUUAGAUUUUUUAGAAGUGGAUCAGAAUUACAGUGUAUCCAUUCGAUCGGUUAACAAACAGAAUAAAAAAGAAAGCCCCGAAGUCUCGAUAUUCUGUACGCUUACAUGUUUAGAAUAUUAUAAUGAUCUAACCUUUUGCCCCCCAGAACCAGUAGAAGGGUUACGAGCGGAACAUAUCUAUCGUUACCAGGGAUUGUAUGAUGUUUGGGUUCGUUGGAAUACAGUUGAAUUAGAACCAGAUAAUUACACGAUACAGAUUGAUUUAUAUAGGAACAACACUGAGCUUUACGAGAAGAGCGUACCUGGGAACACAACCGAGGUUUGUUUCGAAAGAUUAAAAUUGGGUCUCCAAUACGAGGUGGAAAUCAUAGCUGAAUCUUUGGGGGGAAGGAGUUCAGUAGUAACUAUUAUUAAGUCUCUCGACAAUGAAUACGCAACCCUAAGUAAAUUCUAUCGUGAACUUAUUAUUGGCAUUGUGAUGUCAAUCAUAUUCUUCGCUAUUAUUUGGAUGACAUACUUACAACAUUAUAAACAGAAGAAUAAAAAAUUCGCCAUGAAAUGUGCGUCUUUUGAGAAUCUUAAUCAGAAAGAUGUGCCGAUAGAAAGCAUCAAGAAACUGUUGCAUCAAAGUUGCGAUGCUGACAAUGAGACGAACAACAUGCCACUUAUGAACGACAAAUUUGAGCUGUGUCCAAAAUUAUUAAAGUUAAAAGGUAUACUUGGAAGCGGAGCUUAUGGAAUUGUAAGAUUGGGCUCUUUGCAAGAUCAGUAUGAUAAUGUCACCAGUGUUGCGGUUAAAAUGUUGAAAGACAAUCCAAGCGUGGAAAAUUUACAAAACUUCCAUAAAGAAAUAAUGAUUAUGAAAGCUGUUGGUCAACAUCCAAAUAUAGUGUCCUUGAUUGGUUGUUGCAUUUUGAAUAAUAAACCAGUGUUGGUAGUGGAGUACUGUUGCAAAGGAGACUUGCAAACAUACUUAAGAACAAUAUGGCAAAAUAUGGUAAGCGUUGCGUUUAAUCAUAAAGCGCGCUUUAAAUUCGACGGAGAUUCGUUCUCGAUCUCGAAGAAUUCUGGUGGAAAAGAGCACAAUUAUCAAAACGUUCAUCUGAUUACAAACCGUUUAUACGACGUUCAACAAGAUAUAGCGCAGUAUACGGAAACUGUAACAGCAAACGAUUUGUUGAAUUUUGCGAGGCAAAUUGCUACAGGAAUGGAAUUUCUGUCAUUGAAUCGAAUAGUUCAUCGUGAUUUAGCUGCGAGGAAUAUAUUGGUGUGCGCAGACAAGGUAGUGAAAAUUUCAGAUUUUGGUCUGAGUCGUGAUGUUUACCAAGAAAAUUUAUACCGAAAGCAAGGAGAUGGUAAAUUACCUGUGAAGUGGAUGGCAAUUGAAGCUUUGACCCAUCAAAUUUAUACGACUCACAGCGAUGUGUGGUCCUUUGGCAUUUUGUUAUGGGAGAUUGUAACCAUGGGUGCUCUUCCUUAUCCUGAUAUUCCAACAAAAGCCAUCCUGAAGAUUUUAAAGUCUGGUUACAGAAUGGAACGACCUAUAAGCUGUAGCGUGGAAUUAUACAAUAUUAUGUUCUCUUGCUGGACAGUAAGACCUCAAAGCAGACCUACGUUCACUCAAUUAAAAGAGAGCAUAGAUAAACUGCUUUGUCACCGUUCCGGCAAUAAGUACCUGAACAUGGACGAAAUUUUGUAUGAUACUCAAGAACAGCACCGCGAGUCCAAUAGUAAUCACUCGUAAAGAAAA